AUGGCAUCCACACUUCCCCCAGAUCCGUGGAAAGUUCUCGGUGUUGAGAAAUCCGCGGACAAGGCCGAGAUUCGAACAGCAUACAAGAAACUGGUUCUACAGUGCCAUCCGGAUAAGAUCCUGGUCCAGGACCCAACAUUGAAGGCGCUGAAGAUUGAUGAAUUUCAAAAGGUUCAGCAGGCAUGGGAACUACUCAACGAUGACGCCGAGAGAGCAAAAUAUGAGCAGAAGGUGCACCUCGCGGAGCUCCAACGCGCCGCCAAGAUCCAGCAAGACGUGAAGCACUCGGCCAAUAGUUCUGUCCCGCGCUCCGCUGCCAAAUAUUCGGCUUACGAAAUCCGCACCACCGAGCCGCGAUACAAGAGUUCCCCGUCGGGCGGAAAGGUGUACACCUACUCGACCACCACUCACACUCGCUCGCAGGAGGAGAUGCCGUCGUCCCGUACGUUUCCACUGUACGAAGAGUCCACUAAGCAAGCCCGGAGGACUGCAAGCUAUGAGAAGCCUGCCAAGCGAGAUGAGGAGAGACGCGAUAGGGACAAAGAAGAGAGGAGGCGGAGGAAGGAUGAGGAUGAGUCCCGGCUGCGGGAUAAGGGGCGGGAUAAGGAGCGGGAGAGAGAGCGCGAGCGAGAGCGUGAGAGGGAGAGGGAGAAGGAGAAAGAAAAGGAGAGGAAGAACCAUGGGCUGCGCGAUGCUGAGAGGAAGCGGCUGGAGAAGGAACGAGAAAAGGAGCGAAGGCGAGGCGCCGAAGACAAGUCUCGCCGACACAACCAGCCCUAUGUGGAGCAGUACGACCCAUACGUGGAGGCCGAAGGAAUCAUUCUUGACGACGUGACCCACGUAUUGUCCUCGUCGCGGCCGGAAAAGAAAAGAUCCUCCAGUCGAAAGCACGAAGAGACGCGCGAACGCGAGCGAGAUCGGGACCGCGAUAGUGCUCGCGACCGAGAGAAGGAAAGGGAGAGGGAGAAGGAUAGGGAUAGGGAGAGAGAGAGAGACAGGGAGAGGGAGAGGGAGAGGGAGAGGGAAAGGGACAAGUCAAGUUCGCGCCGUGCCAAGUCACCCCAUGUGGCCAGCGGCCAUAAGCACGUCAACCUUUACGAAGAAGCUGCGAACUACUUGAAAAAUCACGGGACCGGCCAGCAGGUUUCCUCCUUUUGGAAAAAAUCCGACACCCCCCCGGAUGCGUCUUUCAUGCCUUCGGUAGCUGACUUCAUCACACCCCCUGCGCCGACACCCCCUCCCGUCGACCUAGAGGAGGAGAGUAUCCGGAACUCAGCAUCUCGCGCUGCCGCCCGCCGCGCCUCUAACGAUGCUUCGAGAUCGCGCGAGAAACUCAAAUAUGACGUUUCGGACAUCACUCCAUCCAAGAGCAGGCCGAUUCCAGUCCUCUCUAAGUCUUACACCACUCCCAUUACCCUCACGGAGUCUCCCCCACGGGUCAGCCGUUCACAAACGGCGCCACACGAGUCAUCGUACCGCCCUGUGCCGUCUCUCUCUCGCACACAAACUUGGGCGCCGGGGAGCAACUCAGUCGCUGAAUACUACGACGAGGUGGAAUCAGAAGAAGACCGUGAGCGUCGUCGGCACCGCAGCCGUCGCACACGGUCGCCUUCCGGCCAGCCUACGCGUUACAAGGUCGUCGAGGGGAAGACAUCCAAGAUUGAUUCUCAGUACGUGUACGGCGAGUCGCCCAAUUCCAAUCGACGCUAUGCGGCCGAGGCGGUGGACCAAAUGGGACGCUCCCCAUCGUCGUACCACAGCAGCACCCCUCUCCGAGUUAAGCACUCAAAAGCCUACGACCACAGUGAUAUCAACUUUGCAAAGUCUGAUGAUAUCCAGUUCUCGAAGUUUGAGAUGCCCUACCAAACGCCGUACUACGCCUCUCAUCCCUCGGAUGUACGUCUGGUGCAAUAG